AGUCGAGAGGGCACAAGAGUCUAGAGCUUGAUGUUUGAAGCUAGUGAAACUAUUUGACAGACUGGAUAUUGCCAAUAAUAUUUCCGAAAGAACGUGAUGCGGAAUGUUGUUUUGACGAAAGUUUCGUCCAGCUCUUCGAGCGAUGCCGGAUUUCUCGAAGGGAGUUAUCUAUUCGUGGAGGACAAUGUUAGCCGCUCCGUAUACCUUGUGAAUAGGGAAGGAGUAAUUGUUCUAGAUGCUGAACUGCAGUUCGCCACAGCAAUUCCGUGCAGCGAUCAAUGUGAUUCCUUCGAACCUGUUGAUGUAAACGUUUUGGUCGACAGUAACGAGAUCUGUGUGAUUUUGAGCUCUGGACAGGUUCUUACUGUUGAUGCUGAAUCCCAUACGAUGUGUGCUGCAUGCUUCCUGGGUGAAGAGUGCAUUGCUGCGUCAUGGAGUCCUGAUCAGACUUCCUUGGUGGCAGUGGAAGGUGACUACGUGGUAUUCUACGAUCGUAGCUUUGAACGUUUUGCGCAAUGGGAAAUCUCAAGUAAUGAAGAAGGAAAGGAUGCACUUGUCACAGUUGGAUGGGGAGCAGCGGAAACGCAGUUUCAGGGUAGCGCAGGGAAGGCCGCACGCGAAAAGAAAGUUGUGCUUUCGAAGAAGGCCCUUGAAAAUGAUACCAGAAAGCCUCACAUAAGAUGGCGAGCGGAUGGCGCAUAUGUGAUGGUGUCGUUCUAUGAAGCGCAGAGCGGGGAGAGAAGGAUUGCAGUGUUCAGCAAGGAGGGCGAACUGAUGUCACGCUUGAAAAAUCAGGAAUCAGUGGAAGAAGCGAUAGCUGUGCGGCCAAGUGGCAAUUACAUUGCGACCACGAAGGUGACUCCAGAUGAUCAAAGGAUAAUGGUCUUCUAUGAGAGGAAUGGCGAAAAGCGACAUGAGACGAUUUUGCAUGGUGCAGCUAGCGAGAGACAACUUGUCGACAUGCAAUGGGAUGUGGAGUCAUCUUGCCUGUGCAUUCAUUUUCGGAGUAAAAAUGCUGACGAAGUCGAAAUCUGGACAGUGUCAAACUACGAUUGGAAACGUCAGUGGUCUGCACGUUUUGAGCAGAUGCUGACUUGCGUUCGUUGGGACAUUGAGAAGGCUCGACAGCUAAGCAUUCUUUCUGCCGAUGGUAUAUACACCCGACUGAACUUUGAUCUCAACCCAGUAGUUUGUGGUUCAACUGCUUUGGUCAUUUCUACUGAUGGACUUCGAUUUACCGACUUCGAUCAAUGUCCGGUACCACCACCCAUGUGUGGAUUCUCUGCAAAAGUGGAUGGCGCACUCCACGUUGUGGCUUUUGAUGGUGAUCGGGUGGCUGAACUGUGCUCGGACUUCAAGCUCUAUACUUAUACGAGAGACGCUUCUGGCGAUAAUCUGACAUUGGCAUCUUCAUCAGAAUUGAAGAACGACAAGCAGUGGAGAUUCUUCUCGUUCCUCACCUGGUACGGUGAAGGACUGGUGGUGAUUGCACAUGCUGAGCACGAUGCCAUUGUCAAGAUUGAUGUUCAAAGUGGAGAAAUCAAGACCUUCCAUGAAUGUGCUAGAAAAGCUGUAUGGUUGGGUUUGGACCCGACAUCCAAGCUGCUAGUGAUGGCCAAUGAGGAUGGAAGAUUUGCGCAAAUAGGAGAAGAUGGCCAGCUUCACUUCCUCUACAAUCUGCCCUCAGCUGACAGCUAUGAUGUGAAAUUUGCUCAGGAACGCAUGUUAGUACGAACACCAAAUUUCGAGCUAUUCAUAGAUGGGAAAGCGAUUCCGGACUCAGUGUCGUCUUACUUGGUCUCUGGAGAUGUAUGUCUCUACAUCACACUCCAUCACAAAUUGCAUAUGAUUUCAUUGACCGACAAGCAACAAGUGACAAAAGAGCGAGCAGUCGAACUUGGAAGCAGUCUCAUUGCUUGUUCAUCAUCUGGCACGAGUGUAACCAUGCAGAUGCCUCGCGGGAAUCUCGAGACAAUACAUCCAAGACCCUUCGUCGUACGGGAGAUCAAGAAGUUGAUUGAUGAUCUCAAAUACGUAGCAGCACUGAAAGAAAUGAAAAAGCAUCGUAUCGAUAUGAACCUUCUCGUCGACUACAAGCCAGACAUAUUCUUGAGCCAUGUCAGCGACCUCAUCCAAGCAUCCAAAGAUCCAGAUCUCAUCAACCUUUUGAUCGCUGCUUUGAAUAACAGCCGCAGUGAAUGGUGCAAUGGGACAGUGAUGAGUGACAAGGUCAAUCGCAUCACAGACCUCCUAGCCAAGGAAGUGCUCUCAUUACCUUCAGAGCGGCGAAUACAAAUGCUGGUUGUUGCACUGACUGCAAUGCUGAAGUCAGUUCCACAGCGAGCGCAGGAAGCUCUCCGUCUUAUUAAGGAGGAAACGAGCAAACUUCCACCCGAAAAGAGGGACAUCUACACACGAAAAUGGCUACAUCACGUCGGAUUUUUUGUAAAAGAAGCUGAACUUUUUGAUGCUGCACUGUCUACCUACGAUCUUCAACUCACUGCACAGGUUGCUGAAGCCUCGAAUCGGGAUCCCAAAGAGUAUAUACCUUUACUGAACGAACUACGGAAAAUUGAACCAGAAAGCUACCGUAAGUAUCGCAUAGACACUGUGAGAGAGGACUGGCGUGGUGCACUUAGACAUCUUUCGGAACUGGAUGAAAAGUGGGAAGAGGCUGUUGCACUUAUCCGUGAAAAGGAUCUCUACUCGGCCGCAUUGAUCAUCUACAAGGAUUCGCCGAGAUAUAAGGAUGUUUGCUUGCUGUAUGCUGAACUAUUGGAGUCGAAGGCACAAUGGCAAGAAGCCGCCAUGUUAUAUGACAAGACGGAUCGGCCUGAGAAGGUCCUGAGGUGUUUGGAGAUGGCCCGCGAUGUCAGUCAGUAUAUUUCCCGAGCACGUGCUUUCGAUAUUCCUAAGGAAGAAUUCAACUCAGCUUUAUCCAAAAUGGCCGCUGUGUUGAAGAGCUCAGGUCGAUACGCCGAGGCCGCGAAGGCUCUAGAACAUGCAGAAGCUUCCGCAGUCGCUAUCGGUGAAGCUUAUGCCAAAGCAGGACAAUGGCUAGAUGCUGUCAACUGCACCCGAGGAGCGAAAGAUUCUAAUCUUAUCGGAGAGCUUUUGAAGCAACGCGCUCAGAGCAUUUUAGAUGAGUUAACAACGAAGGCAGAAGAAGUUGAAAGGUACACCAAACGUCUUGAGGUAGUUCGUUCUAUCAAAGAAGAACGCAUUUUGAAGAUCAAGGAAGGAGUUGAAAGUGGAAGAGAUCUUGAGGAUAUUGACAUAUUUUCUGAUGCGGGUAGUACUAUGAGCGUAAUGAGCAGGCGAACAACGAAGACAGGAAUGAGUCGAGCCAGCACUACGGCGACUGUUCGCAAAAGAAAGCAGAUUGACAGAAAGAAGCAGUCGCUAAAAGAGGGCGGUGAAUACGAGGAUUCUGCCUUGCUUUUAGCCAUCGCCACGCAUUACAAAUGGAUUAACGAAUUGACUGCUGAGCUAGUGCAGUUGCUCCCAGCGUUGGUGAGCAUUGAUGAAUGGGAGCUGGCUGCAUCCGUACAAGUGUCUGUGGAGAAAUUUAUCAGCGAUGCCUCUUCAAGAAAACACCACAUCUGGCCACAGAAACUUCAUCCACGCGAUUUGCCGGGGCCAUUGUAUGCAUUGUACACUGUUGACGACGUGUUUGCCUUUCCUAAUGAUGGUGGAAUGCCUGGAAUUAUUACGAUGGAGCCUGAAAUGAUACCGCCCACGAUUAAUACCGAUAUCAAGUGGAAACUACAAGUUUUAGAGAAGAAAGCUAACCUUCGAUAAUUGGUCUCAAAUCGCGUCCUAAGCGGAUAUUUACACGGAACAAAAAAUGAGCGUAUUUUCUUUGAAGUUGCCCACUUUGUUAUCUUGUUGCAAGUCAACUCAUAAAUUACUUGUUGAGUACAUCUGAACCCUUUUACGUUCACUGCUUCAUUGUUGUUGUUGAUUCGUUGAUGUUGUUGUGAAUUGAAAUACAAAAUUUUUAUCUGCC